AUGCUCAUUGGGCGCCUGGAGUUGGCCCUAGAGCUCCCAGAGGGCUACGGGCCUGCAGGGUGCAGGUUGCGAGCGGGCCUGGACGGUGCAACUGAAAGAACCAUCAUGAAAAAGAUCUCAAAGAGAAGAGAAGACAUUAGAAAAAAGUUGCAGAUAUCAGAAGAGUCAGAUAACAUUUUUGCAGUAGAAGAAAAUAUAGACAGGCAUCUUCAAAAAGGUACAGAAGAAGAUAAUCUGAAAGAAACAUUAAGAGGCAAAGUAAGAGAAAAGUUAAAAUAUGCAAAGGCUGAAGUUUUACUGGAUGAAGGUCUGUCGUUUUUCAUUCUGAAUGGUGAAGAACGCUCAGCUCUGGGCCAAUCUUCGGAACAGGUCCAAGAUGAAGAUUUGGAAGAAGUUAUUUUUCCAGAUUUAAUUGAAAUAAAAGCUGCUGAAUAUGAAGAUGAAGAACAAAUAAAAAAGCAUCAGGCAAAUAUUUUUGAGCCCAGUAGUUCUCCAGUGGUCUUCCAACGCAAACUACCAAAAGACAUGACACCACGCAUCUUAGAAGAUGAAGGAUUCUAUAUUCAGAAGAAGCCAGAAAUAUAUAAGAAGGCCUGCAACAGAAUGGAGAAUCGUCUGCUUAAACUGGAGGAGGGGAAGUGUUGGUUUGAAGAAAGUGGAGAAAUAAUUUCACUACCAUCACCUAUUAGACAGUCACGGAAUUUCAGAGUAAACUUGAGCAAGGAAUCUUUAAAUCCAGCGCUAAAGACCAAAUACAGGAAGGCAGUGAAAUCUGAUCUGGAAAACAUUAUUAGUAAUAGAACGGAUGGUCAAAGGGAAAUAUACCAGUUAGAUUUCAACAUUGUGGGUUUGCAAUUCAGCCAUCACCCUCUCUUCAAUAAAGAGCAAGUGUUGUGUGCUAGACUGCUCCAUCUUUAUGAGUGUUUCCAGGACAGGCAGCAACAGAACAUUCUUCAGCUACUUCAUGAUAAGCUUACAGCACUGACAAACACUGUCACAUCAGUCCGUGAAAACUUGGAACUAGGACAGCUAAACAGAAAACAUUUACAAGAAUAUGACUGGCAGAUAAAUAACACCAAACACCUCUAUGACAUAGAAAAGGAAAAGGACUCCUCCCUAAUACACAGCUUAUUAAAGACUUGGAAACAGUUAAAAUCUCUUCGGCAACAGCAAGGGUUUAUAACCACCCCAGUAAAGUUACAAUUUCAGAGGAUGAAAGUGAAUACAUAUGAUGAACAUAAACAAGAAGUGUCAGAAAUGUCUAAGACUGAGAAGAAAGCAGGAGGACAAACGCUUCAGAAUGGAGGAAAACAGGAGAUUCUGUCACAAUUAACUUCAGAAUUUGAUGAAACAGAUGUUGAAAAAGGAAAGCAAAUAUCCUUGAUACCAAAACUUUCUUUCACUGCAGAAUUAACAAGCUUAUCCAAAUGUUCACUGCAAGAGCAGAAGAGGAGACUCAGAAUUCAUAAGUUCAAGUAUUUUGUGAAAAUACUGUAUAACAAUAAGCAAGUUUCUUGCACUGUGAUAUCUCCCCUCCAGUCUGAUUUUAAAGUCAUGUUUCAGCAAAUUUUCAAUCUUCGGUUAAUAUACUGGCCUGAAACAAUCUGCUUAGAGCUGUACGAAAUACAUAAAAGGACAACCUUAUUGGCAAAAAUAUAUGUUCCUUUACCUAACAACACAGAACCGAUUAAAAAAACUUUGGAAUACGCUGAGUUUAGUUCUGAAAAGCCAGUCAAACCUGCAUGUGGAGAAAUAGGAAGCAAUGUGCCCGUUCUUCUUGAGGGAAAUGGAGCUGAAGUGUAUCUUUUGACAUCAGGAAAACUAAGCUAUUCUCUAUCAUGGGUCUUAGAUGGAAAUGGUAUUCCUCGAAUACCUAUGUCACGGUCAUUAAGAUCUGCCUACUGCAAUAUGUUAAGGAAUAUGCAUACCAGAGGUACUCCUGGGGUUCCUUGCUUCAUGAACGAACAGAAUCUUUGUGAAUGGGCAGAAGCAGUCAGAAUUGACCCAAAUAAUCCAGAGUAUUCUGAUCUAAUGGAAUAUAUUAUGUACAUACAGCAUAAACGGCAGGAUUUUCAAAAGUAUUUUCGGCUUGAACAGCUCCAAGAUGAAUGUAACUUUGUUUCUGAAGAGGAAAUGAAAAAGAAUAAACGUUUCCAGCUAUUGCAGCUUAGAAAUUCAGGUCAAUUAGAUGUUUUCCUUCUGCAGAAAAUACCCCUCUAUGACAGAGAAAUUCCAGAUGUAAUCUUACAGGAAUGUGAAAGUCAGAUUGAAAAGGAUGUAUCAGUUUCAGAUGUGAAUUCAAUUACUGCACAAAGAAUUAAUUCUACCAAUUUUCUGCAAAAGAUGAGAAGAUUGAUAACGAAAAGAAUUGUCAAAGUUAACAGAUUUAACUUAUCAGAUAUUGUGAGUGAUUAUGAAGAAAUUGUAUCAGCAAGCCAGCUAACCCAUGCAAUUUGUAAACUUAUUGAACAACGAAGAAAGUUAAAGCCUCAGAGAAAAGAAAGGAAAAGAGUGGCAUCACAGACUGUCUGUGAUGGAGAUAUUAAGAUUCUUGUCAGAAUUCUGAGAGCUUAUAACAUUCCUACCAGGAAAACAAUAGUCAAUAGGAUCUUGGAUAUACCUACUUAUCUGAUGUCAUCCAUAUCACGCCUCAGGCAUAAAGAACUCAUCAAAUCAGUGGCAGUCAGAUCUGAGGAUGAGAGCUUCAAAGAGGAUAGUGUUCACCCUUUUGUGGAAGUUUCCUUUCAAAACACUGUAUAUGGCACCAGUACAGCAAGUGGAUCUCAUCCGUGCUGGAAUGAAGAAAUUAAAAUAGAUUUUGUCUCACCAGGACAUGAUUAUAGCUUCUCCAGCUUAUCUAAAGUAAAAGAAAGCAUAUAUAUCAACAUUUUUGAUGAAAUGAUUAUUGAAAAACAUGAGGAUCAAUGUCCCAAGACCUGCAGUGGCCAUUCAUAUGUAAGAAAGAACUGGCUUGGAUCAAUUGUCUUUCCUUUCUCUACUCUUCUGCAACAGUCUGAGAUUAGUGGAACAUUUCAAGUAAUUAUUCCACCAGUUUUGCUUGGGUAUACUUGGAGUAAGACUUAUGUAUCUCCUAAAGAAGAACAUAAUGGGCAAAAUUUAAAAGAAUGUACAUUUUUAAAUAUUUUUGCUACUAUUGAACCUCAAAUAUCAUGUGUCACCUCUUGUCCAGAAAUAGACAAGUUUUCAGAUCAAGUAGAUAUUUUGAAGAGAGCAUGGAAUUUUAAACAACAUUGUAAAGCGUUGUUUCCUAACCGAAGAAUUACAACAACUGUUUUUAAUGAUAAAGGAGAACAGAUCUUAGUAACAAGAUAUAUCAAGGCAUUGAAUCCACCUCAAGAACUUCUGGAUACAUUUCUUCAUAAUUCUAAUGCAACCCUUGAUCUUGUUGCUCGAUUUGUGUCUUUGAUUCCUACUGUGCCUGAUACAUUGAAUGAAAAUGAUGGUUUUGAAAUAUGGAUGACAUCAGAGCGCUGCAUCAGUCUGGCUAUUGGGAAUAAGGAGGAACAUGCUAUACUCCUCUGCAAUUUCUUUCUGUAUUUUGGGAAAAAAGCUUCAGUCCUUCUGGGAACUUCAGUGUUGGAAGGACAUGUGGCUUAUGUCAUAACUAAAGAAACGAAUGAAUAUUUGCUUUGGAAUCCUUUAACCGGGCAAUGUCAUAAGCAAUUUGACCCAUUCUGUCCUUUACAAAGUGUCGACUGUUUAUUUGAUGGUGAAAAUGUCUGGUUUAAUAUUGCACAAAACAAUAUACCAAUGGCUGUACAUUUUGAUAAUUCAAAGGAAGGCUUUUGGAAACAGUUGCUUCCAAAAAAUUUUCAAGGGACAAAUGCCCAAAGUAUACAGCCUGAAGAAAUAAUCUAUUCUGAUACUGACAAGAGCAUGGUAGAAGAUUUAAAGAACAGGAUUGAAAGGACUCUGAAAUGUAAAAUAAUGGAAUGGAGACCAAAACAGCCAACACGUUGGAAUCGACAGUGUACUUUUAUUUUGAGACAAAUCCUUCCUAAGCUAGAGCUGGGCACUGGAAGCUUUGUUUCGUCUGAAGAAGAAAGUGAAUUUGAAAAAUUACUACAGUUUUAUUGGGUGACGGGAUUUCCUCUCCAGAUGCCAUACACUGACGUACAAUCUGUUAUCGAUAUGGUGCAUCAAACUGGAAUUCACGCCUCAGAAUUUCCCCAGACAGAAUUUGCUCUAGCUGUAUACAUUCACCCAUACCCAAACAACAUACUAUCUGUGUGGGUCUACUUGGUUUCCCUAGUUCGACAUCAGUGAAAAAAGAAGGGGGGCAUUGUAAUGUGGGC